CUGGUGUAUAUGGCCGGGAAUGCGCCGACUGGGACUUGAAUGACUAUCGCAGCUAUCAUGCAUGCUCUCUAUGUAUUGAUGGCGGCGUUUUGUUCUCUCCAGCUCGUCUCGACUCGUGCUUUCCGUAGCACGACACUCGGACGGGUAUAGGUUGCUCACGCACCUCUUUCUCCCCCUCCCCCUUCUUGCACGCUUCAGUUCCCUUGACCACCACCACCCAACACUACCAAGCAAGAUGGUCCGCGUCUCUGUCCUCAGUGAUUGCCUCAACAACAUCGUCAAUGCCGAGCGCCGUGGCAAGCGUCAGGUCCUCAUCCGUCCUUCGUCGAAGGUCGUCGUGAAAUUCCUCACUGUCAUGCAGAGACAUGGCUACAUCGGCGAGUUCGAGAUCAUCGAUGACCACCGCGCGGGCAAGAUCGUGAUCCAGCUGAACGGUCGCCUGAACAAGACGGGUGUCAUCUCGCCGCGAUACAAUGUGCAGGUAUCGCAGAUCGAGUCUUGGGUCAACUUGCUGCUGCCCGCUCGUAGUUUCGGCAUCAUCAUCCUGACGACGUCGUCGGGUAUCCUCGACCACGAGGAGGCGCGUCGCAAGAACGUCGGAGGCAAGAUCCUCGGAUAUGUGUACUAGGCUCUAGGUUGCAUGCAUGUUCUACUUGUCGCUACUUAUGACACCAAAAAUCCAUGUUCUAUGGAAUGA